CCCUCUCUUUCUCUCUAGCAUCUUUUCUUCAUUUUCGUCUUCCAUUUCUCCCUUCUUUCCGAAUACUCAAAGAAACCCACCUUCUUCUUUGGGCUGUUUGCCGGCCGGACUUCCAGUAUUUCGACUUUGGAUUUCAAGUCUUUUGCCCCUUUCAUAAGGGAGAGACUUUCCUGGUUGAAGAAGGAUAUUUUUUGAAUAUAGAAGCUUCCGAAGGAAGGGAGACAGAGAAUGGCUGAGAGUGCUAUUCAAUCCGCCGCAGAAACUCUGACCUAUUUUCUAAGGCAGAAAGAUUUUUACCUUUCCCAUGUAGAUGUGUGGGUCAUGUCACUUCGAAACAAUCUCAAAGCCAUACUCAAAGACGUGGAUGGGAUGCGCGGGUAUAAUGAAAAUGUUCAGCUAAUAGAAGUAGCAAACAACACUAAGAAUGUCAUCGACUCCUUCAUCUUUAAAAUUGCAGAGCAGCGAGGAGAGACGAGUGCUGGAUUGAUGAGUUACCAAUCCACUUUUGAUAGUGGCAUCAAAGACAAACCAGCCAUUGAGGAUCUUGGAAAGAAGAUCUUCGACUUAAAAACAAGGCUCGAUGUCUUGUCCAACAGAUCACAGUACGGCAUCCACAAUAUACAGGCAUCUGGAGAAGCUUCAACUUCUUCGACUCAAAGCCAGAUACUGAGGGAGAAGAGGGCUCCUAUUGUAGAGGAAGCCAAAGCGGUCGGCUUUGAAGACGAGGCAAGGACACUGGUGGGGAGGCUGAUUGCAGGAGAUAUGCGGCGUGUUGUCAUUUCGAUCACUGGUACGGCAGGAACAGGAAAGACUGCUCUUGCAAAGAAAGUUUACAAUGACGUCUAUGUACGGAGUAGAUUCCAUAUUUGUUGUUGGGUGAAUGUGGCUCAAGAAUAUUAUCAAGUGCGAGAUAUUCUUUUAGCAAGCUUUCCAUGUCUCUCAAGAGACAAACCUGAGGAAGCCUUGCGGAGAUACUUGGAAGGGAUGCGGUAUAUGGUGGUAAUUGAUGAUAUAUGGUCCAGAGAAGCUUGGGAUGGCUUGGUUACUGCAUUUCCAGAUUGUGAAAAUGGCAGCAGAGUGCUGCUCACGACUCGUAAUGAAGAAGUAGCAAAGUAUGCAGAUACACAGAGCACACCUCAUAAAUUACAUAUUCUCAAUGAAAAUGAGAGCUGGACAUUGUUUUGCAAGAAAGCACUACUGGAAAAUCCUUCUCCUGCAUGCCCUCCAAAUCUGGUGGCGUUGGGGAGAAGGAUGGUUGCGAAAUGUGGAGGUUUACCUCUAGCAAUCACAGUCUUAGGAGGCGUCUUAUCAAGGAAAGAGAAGUCAGUGUAUAAGUGGGAGAAAGUGCUUAGAAGUGUGGAAUGGUGGGUACAUCAAAGUGAAGAAGAUGCAAUCUCGGGCAUAUUGGCCCUGAGCUACGGUGACUUGCCCUAUUACUUGAAGCCCUACUUUCUUUAUUUUGGAGCAUUUCCUGAACACUCCGAAAUCUUUGUGGACGAAUUGAUUCGGAUAUGGAUAGCGGAAGGAUUCGUGCAGAGAAGAGAAGAAAAAGAUAUGGAGGACGUUGCGGAGGAUUUUGUAGAAGAGCUCAUCAGUAGAAGCAUGAUUCAGGUGUCCGAAAGGAAAAGCAAUGGAAUGAUUAAAAAGUGCCGCAUUAAUAAUCAUCUACGCAACCUUGCGAUUUCAAAAGCAAAGAACGAAAAUUUCCUGUACGUGUAUGGUAACAAAGCACCUACGUCAUCAUCCAUCAUGGCAGACCGACUUGCAAUUACUAGUGGUGACAUCAGCAACUGCAUCUCUCUGAACAGCUCCACUCCACGUCUCCUCUCUUUGUUGGACUUCAAGAGCGAAAGAUUCCUGUACGUGUACGGUAACAAAGCGCCUACGUCAUCCAUCAUGGCAGCCCGACUUGCAAUUACUAGUGGUGACAUCAGCAACUGCAUCUCUCUUAACAGCUCCACUCCACACCUCCGCUCUUUAUUGGACUUCAGCUACGAGACUGACUUGACAGAGAAACUAGCCCUGAAUAUCCUGGGCGGAUCUUUCGAAUUUCUUAGGGUGUUGCAUCUCGAAAGCGGAAAACUCUUACGUCUCCCUGACCAAAUUGGGGACCUAAUCCGCUUGAGGUACUUACGUCUGGAUAUGCCGGAGUUAGAAUAUCUACCAUCCACCAUAAUUCGCCUGUCUAAUUUACAGACUCUUGAUAUACGGUAUUCAGUCAUGUCAGAUUGGCUACUAGAUGAUAUUACGAAGAUGGAACAGAUAAGGCACUUAAUGGUACCCAAUUGUAUGUUCAGCAACGGCAUGCAACUCCAUCACUUGAGCAAUCUCCAGACGCUUAAAACAGUAGAGGCAGGCAGCUGGAUAGAAGAUGGGUUGGAGAAACUGACCAAUUUGAGAGAUUUGGAAAUAAAGGAAAUACUAGGAGAUGUCCAUAUGGCAUUAUCUCGUUCCAUUAGUAAAUUGGUCCACCUUAGAUCAUUGUCGCUAGAUGCACUUUAUCAAUCGUGGAUUCCAGCUUUUGAGUCCUUCUCAAAACAUGAGCAUCUAUAUAAAAUGAUAUUGAAAGGACGCUUAGAGAAAUUACCAGAGCCGCAUGUAUUCCCACCUAACCUCACUCAGCUACACUUGGAGGAGUCCAAAUUAGAACGAGACCCGAUGGUAACACUGGAGAAGCUGCCCAACCUUCGGAGUCUCUGUAUGCGAUGGGCUUACAUGGGAAAGGAAAUGGUUUGCUCUGCUGGAGGGUUUCCACUGCUUGACACUUUGACUAUUAGUGGAUUCAAUGAAUUAGAGGAGUGGAGAGUGGAGGAAGGAGCUAUGCGGAAUCUUAGGUGUUUGGGGAUUUCAUUCUGCAACAGAUUGAAGAUGCUUCCUGAUGGAUUGCGAUAUAUCAUCACCCUUCAAGAAUUGAAGUUGGAAUACAUGUCAGAAGAAUUGAAAGGAAGGGUAAGAAAGAACGAGGGUGAGGAUUGGUUUAAGAUCCGACACAUACCCUCUCUUAUCAUCAAAUAAGAGUAAGGACGUCUUUUUCUUUAUUUAAAUUUUAUUUGUCUUUUCAAUUUUUAUAUAUUUAUUAAAUUUGGAUCCUCUGCCCGCCAUAUCAGCAGGGAUUUCUUAUUUGUUGCAAUGUGAUUAGUGGAGUCAGUGAUAACGUAGCCAUUCACACUGGAACAAGCAGGAAAUCUCUGCUUGUGUCAAAGAGAAGAUCCAGACUCUUAUUUA